UUCUGCCGUGUGAAGUUGUGAGUCUUGAGUUGUUCUCAGUGCCCCAGAGUGAGAGACACUCUUGCUGUUGAGGAGGACCAAGUGUGUGGAUUUUUUUUUGCCUUAAGUUGUGCACCUCAGUUGACAAGUUGCUGUGCCCCAGAAAAUCAAGUGGAAACUCAUCCAGAGUGUUGGGAAAAACGUGCGAAAAGUGCGUGGUGCUCCAAGUGAGACGGUGAUUGCCCAAAGACACUGUGCGUGAGCGAGAGGGUGAUACCCGUGGACUCUUUUUUCGAGGUGAAAAAGGCGGCAAUUUUUGCAGAUUUUUUCCACCCUGUCGCGACUCAAUGAGACCACCCCAGAAAAAGGGUUUCCUCCUAAGGAAAGAAAAACUAAGUCCAGAGAAUAGAUUUACCGCAAAAAAAUAGUUAAAGGGAAUGAUGCUAUAAGAAAAGUGAUUGGGAAGUAAGAGAUCUUCCAAAGACAAAUUGGACAGAAGGUUCCAGAAAGGUGGACGGAAAAGAGAGUGACAAAGGGGAGAGACUUCCUGAAGGACAGUUGGGACUCAGUGGUAGAGAUUGUUGACAACUGGACGGUGAGUGAGGAGAGUGGCAGAGCGAGGGAUUUCCUGCCGUUGGGAUUGUGAUGGUGCUCGCCGAGGAUUUUCACCAGGAGCCCGUCCGGCUGAGGCCGCGAUCCGAGUAGCUCUGCCAUGUCAACACUUCCUGGGGGCCAUUGGACAUCCUUGGGAUGUGUCCAGGCUCUCAUCGUGACCUUGGCCAUCCUGCUUCUGUCAGAUCCAGCGAGCGCUUUGGAUCCUGGCAUAGAUCUCCUAGAAGCGCUCAACCUCUACACGAAUCACUCCUACUACGACGGUGUCUCGCUGUCGGAGGAUCCUCAGCAACGAAUUGCUUAUCAUCUGCAAAGUGGUCAUCGAAAUUUACUUCUUCCGCCAUCAGUUUACAUUCGUGCAGCCAAUUCAAUACGAAAAACAAACGAAUUCACAUUAGCGGCUCAUUUGCGACAGGACAAAGAUAAUAGUGGGUCCAUCAUUGCGUUUUCUUCUGGUGCAAAUAGGUAUCUUGAAUUGCAAUCAAGUGGUCGACGUGAUGAAUUGCGAUUUCACUUUACCUAUACGACAUCAGAAGGUGUUUCCCAAGUUCACGUUGAAUCCUUUCCGAAAGUUAUGUUAGAUGAUAAUAAAUGGCACAAGAUAGCACUCUCAGUAAGUGGCUCCGAAAUUCAACUAAUAAUUGACUGCCAUCCAAUGUAUAGACGAGUGACACAUUUUUUACCAGAUAGAAAUUUUAGUGCUUCCAAUAUGCAAUUAUUUGUUGGACAGAGAAAUCUACAAAAUCAUUCGUUAUUUAAAGGUUACAUUCAGGAUGCUCGUGUGAUCCCGAGCUCCUACGGCUACCUAACGCAGUGUCCGCAUGUGGAUACGCACUGUCCUACAUGUGGACAAUUUAGUCAUCUGCAGAGUUCCGUUGAGGAACUGCGACAGAGUCUGGAGGAUCUUAAAAAAAGGCUAGUGGCUGCAGAAAGUCGUGUUCUGGAGCUCCAAGAGUGCGACUGUCGUAAGUCGUGCGUGCUGGCAAAUGGCACGCGGAAGGAGGAUGGCGAGGCGUGGGACGUGGGAUGCGAAGUCUACAAGUGUGACCGUGGCAAUAUCAGCCAUGGCGCGCGAGUCUGUGAUCCUUUACCGUGCAAGCAUCCCGUCACCGUCAAUGGUGAAUGCUGCCCUAAGUGUUUGAAAAAGUGCUUCAUCAAAAAGCAAGAAUUUGAACAUGGUGAAAGGCAAAUUCUCGGAUGCCGCGACUGUUCAUGUAUAGAUGGAAAUAUGAAAUGUGAUAUAUUAGAAUGUCCAAAGUUGUCAUGCCCAAAGGAGUUGCAAUUCUCCGUGACCGAUGAGUGUUGCAAGUUCUGUCCAGGAGACGAUUACUGUUCGAAAGGUCACGCAUGUCAUACUAAUGCUACGUGUCUUAAUCUUAACACCAAGUACACGUGUACCUGUCGUCCGGGCUUCCAAGGAGAUGGGUUUCAUUGUGAGGAUAUCGACGAGUGCGCUCAACAGGGCGGCCUCACGGGCAACCACUGCCACCUGAAUACGCGCUGCGUCAACACGUCGGGGUCGUACGUGUGCGAGUGCCUGCCCGGCUACCGUAGGUUAGACAAAUUCAACUGUGUGGAGGUCGACGAGUGCGCCACGGGGCAGCACGCGUGUCACGCCAACGCCGAGUGCAUCAACACGCAGGGCUCCUACCACUGUCGCUGCCGUCCCGGAUACACCGGUGACGGCUACGACUGCAAGCCUGUGUGCAACCAAACGUGCCUAAAUGGGGGCCAGUGCGUGGCACCAGGCGUGUGCUCAUGUCGGGUAGGCUUCGUGGGUGCCUCGUGUGAACAAGAUCUGGAUGAGUGCGCUGCAGGAAUGCAUGGAUGUCGUGAGACGUCUGUGUGCGUGAAUAUGCCUGGUUGGUAUUACUGCAAGUGCAAGCCGGGCUUCCGGACGCGCGAUGCCGACUGCGUGGAUAUCGAUGAAUGUCGACACGGAACGCACAGUUGUCACGUAACAGCACGUUGUGUCAACACUGAGGGCCACUUUGAGUGCCAUUGUCCUCCUGCGGAAGAGGAUCCCAACUGUCGCCUUAGCUGCAUGUUCGAAGACAACGAGAUUCCGGAUGGUGCGAAGGUGUCACCACAGAAUCAGCCGUGCAAGAUAUGCACCUGUGAACGUGGUGUUAUCUCAUGUGCCGAUAAACCGUGCAAUUGCUCAGCCUGGCGAGGUGGACCUGGACGUGAUCUUUGCUGUCCACAGUGUGAUCCAAAGGAAUCCUGCCAACACCAGGAGCUGAAGCACGUGGUCUUCCAGAGUGGCGAACAGUGGAUCUACCAAUGUCAAACAUGCGAAUGCCUCUAUGGUGAAUUUGACUGCUGGAAGCUGGAGUGUCCGCCGUUGACGUGCAGCAAUCCUCUACCUCUGCAGCCUGGUGACUGCUGUCCACGCUGUGAGGAUGAUCCCUGCAAUUUCUUCGGCAAUCAGACAAGUGGAGCUUUGUCCGCUGGGAAGCCGUGCUCUUACCAGGGCCACGUGAUCGCAUCCGGACAGACAUUCAAUGAUCCCUCCAGCCAGUGUACCACGUGCGCGUGCAAGGUCCCCUACUGUGCCCAACUGGUGAGCAAUUCCGCGUGUUGUGUGCAUCGGACGGGCGUCUCUGCUGCAGUUUUGGCAGCUCUUGUGCUGACCCUGAUGUUCACCAUGGAUCUCCAAUCACUGAAGCGUCUCAUCGCCAUUUGGCAUCGCAAACAGCGUCCAUUGAGACGUACACCCCAGUUCCAAUAGCAUCCCUUCUGAGGCCACAUGCCACCACACGAUUGCCCGGAGUCUGAGGAACCAUCUCAAAGAACAAAACAAAAAAAAAACAGGUAGGACACAUAUAAAGCAUUGAUCCUGUUUUCGUAGCCUGCGAAAAAGUGAGGUUAUUUUCAGAAUAUUGAUGGUUAGGAAUUUGACAUUUUGGAGCACUCGCGGAUGGCGAAAAAAAUACUCUCUGAUAAAGUGUGUAUAGUAAUUUUGAGAAAUAGUAGUUCUUUGUAAGAAAAACUAGAAGAAUUGGACGAAAGAAGUUAGUUGAGGUUAGGAAAAAAAAAGAAAGAAUUAUAAAACUGAAAGCUUUUUACUGAAAAAAAAAAACAAACAAACAAAAUCCUAAAUAUAUAGGAGAAAAAAAGUCACUCUAAUUAACAAUUAAUUCAAAAAGAAGAAAAAAAUGAAAUGAUUAUUAAAUAAUAACUGUUGCAUUGACAUUCCUUUGUGCGAAUAAUUUUUUUUUUUUAAUAUAUCAUGCUCAUUUUUUUUUGUUUUGUAUAUUUCUCACUAGCAAAUCUUUCUUUUUUAGUACUAAUUUUUUUUAGUACUUUGUAUAUUUUUGUCAAUACGUUUUUUUUCUGUGAAUAGUAAUAUUAAAAAAAAAUAUUUAAAUGUCAAGAAAAUGUAGAAUUUACAAAUUGAAAUACCAAAAUGUAUAUUUCUAUAAAUGCAAUUUUAAAUUUGUUUUUUUUUAGUACACAUAGCAUGUAAUAUGUUUCGAUACGAAAUGAACAGUUUUGUAUAAAUCAUUUCAAUUCAUAUUUUGACGAGCAGAAAAUAUGCGAAUUUACCAAACUUGCAUUGAUUUCACAAAAAUUUAGUACAGUUAUGUGCUAAAAAAAAAAAUUGUGAAAUUAGAAUUGUCAAUUUUUUUCUUGAUGCGAAAGAAAAUAUUGUAAAGUCAGCUAAAAAAAAUGAACUAUUUAGAGCUUUAGCGACAUUAAAUUGUUAAUUAAUUCUAGAUGAACAAACCAAUCUCCGAUUUGAUGAAGAGAAAUAGUUGAAAAAAAAAAUAUUUGAAAAAAAUGAAAUAUAAAAAAUACCAAUCGAGGAAAAAUCUAAAAAAACAAGAAAUAAUAAAAAGAAAGCACAAAUAUUUAAACAAAUGAAAAAUCGUUAAAUAACUUUUAGUUCCUUCUUUGUCUUUUAGAUGUUAAGUGUGAGCGAGAGAGAUCGUGUGAAUUGCGAUUUUGUUUUCUUUUCCAAAGUUAUGAAAAAAAGUAAAAAAAAAAGAAAAUUUCUCACAAAAUUGAAAGAAAAUUGAGAAAGUGAAAUGUGUAUGAAGUUCUAAUAUAUGACAAAAGAAACAUUGUCCAGGUAUGUUAGUGUAUUAAUUGAAUAAACAGAAUGAAUAAUAAAAAAAAAAUCUCUAAAAAUUAUAAAUAAAAA